CGAGUGCGCACUCUGGCUUUGUUCCGACAUCCGGACUCCGUGACUUUAGCGCUUCGUCAGUUGCGUACUCUUCCGUUCAUGCAGCUUAUGACAUUUUUUUCUGUUACUACAAGAUGUUUACUUGGAUGAGUCCUGCGAAUUUCAACGAGGAUCCCGAUAAUUCCGCGUGCAAAGCCGCCAUGAAACUGCUACGGAGACAACAGUAACUGGAAGGUACGUGAUCCGGCGUGAUUACGAGCGGCCCGGGUAUGUUUAUAGCCUGCAAACUCUGACAUAGCAAUGGCGUACUGUCGCCGUAAAGGCCGUGCCAACAAAAUUGUCCUUUGCCUUAUUUAGUCUAAAUUAAUUGUGCACGCGGGAAUUUAAUCACAAAACAAUGUUUCGUAUGUGAUGAUAUGGUUUAUAGUGACAAGUACAGUUUGUGAGUUUUGGUGAUGAAAAGUGGCGUUUUUCGGUGAUUAUAGUGCCUCGGUUUUCCCCACUGUGGAAUGACCGCCGAUUGUCGAGCGGCACGCCAUCCUGCUGUAGCUGACUGAGGACUAUACUAUAAAGAGAUUAAAAACUAUGACUACAUAGCAACAGAGGUCUAGUAGAGGUGCCAUGGAUGAUGAAGAGCGUCUUGAGGGUGAGGAAGAAAUGGAACUAGAUGAAGCCUCUGAUGGUGAAGAUGAAGAUGAAGAAACAACAGGAAUUCCUGUAUCACCAGCCAAUUCAGAUCAAUUGCUUGGUCCUGUACCAACAACUCCUGGUAAUAUAACCCCAGAUGAAGCUUUUCAUGAUCCUUUACGGUACCAGAAAUUUCCACUUCCUGGAGGCAAACCUUUAAAUAUUAGGCGAGGCCCAGGUAGACCUAGAAAAGAACGUCCACUUGGUAUUACACGUGGUGGAGGUACUCGUAGACCUUUUGGAAGAGGAACUACUAGGGGUAAAGGUCUUGGAUAUGCAAGAGGUGUACCACGCCGUACUAAAAGUAAAGAUGAUGAUACACAUUCAGAAUCCCCAAGUCCUCUUCGUCUUGGUGAAGAUACUCCUGAUGGAGAGACAUCUAACACUGAGAGAUGCAUGCCAGCACCAGAAGAACCACCAUAUUUUCUAGAACAAUGGCCAGGGAAAGUAUGUGCUUUAUGUAAUUUGGGUGAAAGAAGUCAAUUAGGUCAGGGUGAAUUGUUAAGAUUUACUUGCCCUGAAGGUUUCACUCCUGAAAAAUCAACUAAUCGCGACGAAACAACUGAUCAUCUUAUUGAUAUAUCUACUGGAGACAAAAGUCCACGUGCAGCAGGUCCUGGUGCUGUCACUUGUCGUAGACAAAAAAGUCUAGCUAAGUGCAGAAAUACUAGUCUAACAAAUUUUUCGGAACCAGUGGAAGAAUUAACUAUAGUAGGAUAUUCGGAAGAACCAGAAAUAGGAACAUUAUUUGAAUCAACUGGGCACUAUUACGUUCAUCAAUCUUGUGCAGUAUGGUCAAGCAAUACUCAAGAGUUAACAACAGAAUCGUUGAGUCCAGCGAUAGUUCAAGCUUCAUCGAGACGUUGCGCUUUUUGUUCUCAUUAUGGAGCUGGAAUUCCUUGCAAAGUGGCAUCGUGCAAUCGUUAUUUUCAUUUACCAUGUGCUGCAGCUUCAAGUUGUUUUCAAGAUACAAAAAGUUUGUCCCUUUUUUGCAGUCAACAUUUGGGACAGGUUCCACUUCUAUUGAACGGUGAUGUUACAUGUAUGCAGUGCUGUGGAAUGGGAGAUGUUUCCAACUUAGUAAUGUGUUCCAUUUGCGGCCAACACUAUCAUGGUAGUUGUGUUGGUUUGGCAUUAUUACCUGGUGUACGAGCUGGCUGGCAGUGUGCAUCUUGCAGAGUAUGUCAAGUGUGCCGUCAACCAGAAGAUGUUUCAAAAGUAAUGUUAUGUGAACGUUGUGAAAAAGCGUAUCAUCCUAGUUGUUUACGACCAAUUGUUACAUCUAUACCUAAAUAUGGUUGGAAGUGUAAGUGCUGCCGUGUAUGCACAGACUGUGGUUCGCGUACACCAGGCGCUGGUCUUUCAUCACGGUGGCAUUCCCAUUACACUGUAUGUGAUUCGUGUUACCAACAAAGAAACAAAGGUUUUUCGUGUCCUCUUUGUAGAAAGGCAUAUCGAGCUGCCGCGUAUAGAGAAAUGGUUCAAUGUAGUGCAUGUAAAAAAUUUGUUCAUGGUACCUGUGACCCUGAGGCUGAUCCAUUAACUUAUCAACAUCGUAAAGAAGUUAAACCUGAUUAUGAAUAUGUUUGUCUACAUUGCAAAAAUAUGGCACUUGUAAAAAGAAAAGAUAAUAUUGACGAUUAUGGUGGAGAUUUGAGUUUAAGUGCAUCGCAAGAAAGUCUGUACGGUGAUGGAGAUUCGUCAGAAUUUGAUUAUCAAGGAGGAUCAGAGGAAGCACUGUAUUCUAUAGGUCUUGGAAAAGGAAAGCCAUUUUGUGCGUCUAAAAUUGCAAAGAAGCGACUAGGACUUGGAGGUGGAAUCAUUGGCCGACCAAAAGGAAUUGGUAAACUUGGAUAUCAAAAACGACAAAAAAUGACAGAAUUUGGAAGAAAAAGAGGACCCAAAGCAAAAAUGAGAGGUAUCUUUGGUGUACCUGGUGUAGGAUUACAGAGACCAAUGUCAGACUCAUUUUCAAAAGAAGAUGAACCAGGUAUUGAAAAUAGACUUGUAUUAUGUUCUGCAAAAGAUAAAUUUGUAUUGACUCAAGAUAUUUGCGUAAUGUGUGGUGCAAUUGGCACUGACCAAGAAGGAUGUUUAAUUGCUUGUGCACAAUGUGGUCAAUGUUAUCACCCUUAUUGCGCUAAUGUCAAAGUUACUAAAGUAAUAUUACAAAAAGGUUGGCGGUGCCUUGAUUGUACAGUAUGCGAAGGUUGUGGUGAAAGAAAUGACGAGGGUCGUUUGAUUUUAUGUGAUGAUUGUGAUAUCAGUUAUCAUAUUUAUUGCAUGGAUCCACCAUUAGAUUAUGUGCCACAUGGAACAUGGAAGUGCAAAUGGUGUGCCCAUUGUCAAACAUGUGGUUCAAAUGAUCCAGGAUUUAAUAGUAGUUGGCAAAAAAAUUACACACAGUGUGGUCCUUGUGCAUCUCACACUGCCUGCAUAUCUUGUCAAGAAGCAUAUAAUGAAGGUGAUUUAAUAAUACAAUGCAUUCAAUGUGAAAGAUGGUUGCAUUGUGCAUGUGAUUCGAUUAAAAGUGAAGCAGAAGCUGAAAAAUGUGCAGAAGAAGGUUAUAUUUGUAUACUUUGUCGUCCAAGAGAUAUUCCACCACCCCAUAUUUUAUGUAGUCAACCAAAACCACAACCAAACAAAUAUCCCCGUUCUCCACCACCGACAUCACGCAGUCCUGAUCUUUAUAAACCUUCUCCUCAACAAUAUUUAAUUGAUGGCGUUUAUUUAUCUGAAGCUGGUAUGAAUCAUAUAAAAUCAUUGACUUCAGAACAUCAACAAACAAGAAAGAAAAGAAGAAAAAUACAUCCUUUAAUUGAUAAAGAAGCAGAUAUAAUGGCAACUAUAGAAUCUGUAGUUGCUGGUGGGAGUUUAGAUAAUUCUUUAGAAGAAAAUGGAGGAAAAAUAGAUUUAGCGGAUGUUAAAGACGAACCAACAGAAGUACUCAAAGAAGGUAUGGUAUGGACGCCACGUGGUGAUCAACCACCACCAGAAGGUUUUAGUAUUUAUACAACUGAAAAUGGCAUACCAAUUUUAAGACGUAAACGACAACGUAACUUACAAAAGUUAGGCAUCGGUGGUUUUAUUGUUAGAUUAAGAGGUACUCGCAAAGAUAAAGAAGAAGAUGGAGAUACAGAAAAACCAUCGGAUUCAACAGUUGUAAACGAUGAUAAACCACGUAGAAAACCACAGAGAAGAAAACCAAAGACAAAACUUUCCGAAUGUUUUCCUCUCUACAUGCAAGAGGCGUUCUUUGGUAAAGAUCUUAUGGAUACAACCAAAGAUAAGGAAUUGGAAAGUAGCAGUGAAUCAGAUAGUGAACGAAAUGUAUCUGGAAAUGCAGAUACUAUUCAAUUAUCUCAAGAUGAAUUAAAAGCAAUGGAACAAGUUAAAGCUAAACAAGAAAAGGAAGAAGAGAAAGUACCUUCAGAAGCACCUAUAAAACGUGAAGAAAUUGUAGAUGACGAAGGUAGUGAUACUGAAGCUCUUGGUGAUAUAUUGCCUAUUUCGGGUGAUUUACUUGACAAUGAUCUUGUUAAUACUAUAAUGAAUGAACCAGAUGAAGACUUAGCAAAAGCUAGUGAAGCGUUAGAUGAAUUGGAUGAUACACCAGGAACGACUAAAGAUGAAUUAACAGAUAUUCUCAGUCCACAUUUCAAUAUAGAAUCAAUGGUCAGAGAUACAGGUUUACCUAACAUGGAUAGUAAAGAUAUUGAAGAAAUAUUUAAAGGGGUUUUAACUGAUGAAUCUCAAGAAUCUCAAGAAUCAUCAGUUUUUCCUGUUCAAACUCAACCACCACAUCCUGCAUCUUCUACAACACCUCUUGUGUCUCCAUUACCACAUCCUGGUAUACAAACAACAAUGCCUAUAGCAAGACCUCAAGUACCUGGUACAUUACCUUCUGUUGGUCAAUCUAAUUUAAAUUCUCCAAUGAGUUUUCCACCACCAUCUCCAUAUCAUUCAGAAUACAGCAAUAGUCCACAAUUCAGUCCUGCUUUCUCUGAACCACGAAGUCCAUGGGUCAAUCCUGAUGAUGAGGGUACUUCAUCAACAAGCAAUACUACAAUUUCUUAUAACCAAAGAAGUAAUCUUAAAAUGGAAGCUGAUGAAGCUUUAGGUCCAGGAGCUACUAUAUCUUCUGUACUUUAUGCAAAUAUUAAUCAUCCAGAAUGGAAAACAGAAUAUCCAGCUUGGUCAGAAAGAUGUAAACAAAUAUUGAAAAAAUGGCGUGCAUUGCCCAAUGAUAAAAAAGCUCCAUAUCUAACACUGGCAAGAGAUAAUAGAGCUGCAAUUCGAAUGAAAAAGACUCAGCAGAUAUCCAAGGAUAUACCAAGCACGACCCCAGUCACUGCAACAAGUGCACCUACCAUCAUCACCAAACCUGUCACAACUAUGACAUCAGCUCAAGUUUCUCCAGUAGUAGCUAUGGCUUCCAACCAAAGGCAGAUUGGACUUUUGACCUCAGUGGGCAGUGAAAAGACACAGGAAAAGAAUGGAAUGACUGUGUCGACCGCAGGAGUGACAGUAUCAACAGUUAGCAGUAAUCAUCAUGCGGAGGUGUGUGCGGUGCAGGGACCGCCGAAGCAGCUAACAUCUACUUCCCCGAGUCCUUCUCCAACAUCCACGACCCCUUCUUCUUCACCCAGGCCCAGUUCUGUGAAUUCUAUUAAUUCCAUUAACAGCCUGGCGCACCAAGAGAUAUCCGGUAGCCAGGCUAGAGUAGCUCAGUCGUCAGCCACGCCUUGCACAUCAGCAACUGCUUCUUACUGCAACAUGGGCGCCGGUGAAGGGCAGCAUCAAACGUCACCAUCCCAGCAACGUCCUACACCUGCUCACAUUACGAUCAGUACCAGUACUAUCGCUAACAGUCUGAGCAUUUCUCAGGCAUCCCCCACUACCAACGUUAUGGUGGGAGUAGGUCCUGUUCGCCAAUUAUCCUCGGUAGACCACCAGAUUAGAGUGCUCACCCCAUCUGAAAUCAUGCGCACCCUUCCUUCCCUCAGCCAGGAGCACUACGAUCCGCCACCCACUGCAAUUAUUCACACUGUACCUGUACAGUCCCCGGCUAUGGAACAAGAGAGACUUUCCAAUAGAGAUCGUUCCAGUAGAGAAGCUGAACAAGAACGUCAAUGGAAACAAUUGCAAGCAUUGCGUCAACAGCAAGCACAGAUGCAACAACAAGUUAUUCAUGAACAACGUGUACAUGCUAUUACUAGAGUUCAUAGACAAAUAAAUGACGAUAAUACAACUCAAGUAAAUGCCGACAAUACUACAGGAUUAACAACACAACUACAAGUUUCCACAUCACAGGAUGGAAAUCAUAUGGGACCAUUAGCUUCACCGUCUCCAGGAUCACGCAAUACAUUUGCCGCUCCUUCCAUAAAAGUUACACGAGGUUUAGCACCUCAAAGUCCUCAUCAGAGUAUACCACGUUUACCCACUCAACCUUGUACAACAAUGACACGUCCAGUUGGAAAUGUUGUUAGACCAGGAAUGCCAAAUAAUUUUACACAACCACCUUCUCCGUUUUCUCCGCAAGCGCCACAGUCUCCUCAUGAUUUUCCACAGUCUCCAGCUUCAUCACAACCUCAAGAUCAUUUUCAACGUUUUGAUAGUACUGAAGCUUAUUCUCAAGGUUCUCAAACUCCUAGGUCACAAAUUAGUGGUACAUCAUCAUACUCCACUUCUCCAAGAAGCGAUGUCUUUUCUCAACCACCAGGUACACCACGGCCUAUGUUUAAUGCUCCUACUACUCGUCCUUCUACUCAUGUAUAUGCACCAUCUCGUACACCUGAUCCAUACAGUAGCCAGCCUCCCACACCUUCUCCUGCUCCAAAUUAUUCCUCACCAAGGCCAGAAUCUCGACAAGAUUCACAACAACCUGAAGUGUUCAAUCAACAAUCAGAAGUGAUUAAUAAUAGACAGUUACGUGAUCUAUUGCAAAGACAACAAUUUAAUAAAAAAAUGGAACCUGUGAGCACUACAUGGAAUCAAGAUAAUCAAAAUAAUACGGAAAGCAAUCAACAAUUUGAUACAGGUCAUGUACAACUUCCACAACAAGCGGCAAGUAGUACUGGUGAAGGUACUUUCAGGCAUCCUUUACCUCCUGGUAUUGUUAGAGCUAGGAUGCCUAUUCAACCAAAUGUUUUAAUAAGAAAUCAAAUUGGAAUAAAUUCAAGACAUCCUGUGGCAGGAAACAUAGAUGCUAGAAUACAGAAUAUAGAUCCACGAACUAGAAUGCUUUUGCAAAGACCACAAGUAACUGCAACCAUACCUCAACAUUUUCAAGGAAACCAGACUUUACAAACACGUAUGCCAGCUGUAAGAAAUUCUAUUACAGAACCUUAUGAUGUCUUACAACAACAAAGAUUUCCAGAUCCCAAUCAAGGACAAAAUAUAACUCAACGUAUAGUACGAACACCUCAAGAUAACUUAAAUCAGGGAAUUAGAAUGUUAAAUCAAGGAGUUAGUAUAAGAGCUCCUUUGAUACCAACAACGGUUAAUGAAGCUACUGUUAGCCCUUCUGAAUCAUCAGAAAUUCCUGAUAAUGUUACUGCAGAACUUGAAAAAUUAGAGCAAGAAGGAGCACCAAUGGUUGAGGUCGAGGGCGUAAGUGCAAUAUUGGGAGACUUAGGAGAUGAUGAUGAUGAACUGCUUGCUGAAAUGGGAGCAGAUUUUAAUAUUUUGGAAUAUGCAGAUCCCGAAUUAGACAACAUUACUGGUGGUGAGAAAACAAAUAUACUUGAUUUAGAUUUAGAACAAGUUGAAGUAGAGACAAAGGACGAAAAACAAAAGAAGGAAGUUAAGGAUGAAGAGCGAAAAUCAACAGAAUUGAGUGUAACGAAUGCGGUACACACUGACAUAAGUGACACGUGUACGACAACUACAGUACAAACACCAACAGAGACAUCUAAUGCUCCAACACAAGCACAAACAGUAACACCUAUUACUGCAACAUCACAAACAUCACAACAGUCAUCUACAAUUAUGCCUCAAUCACAUGCUCAAGCAGUUGUUGUACAACAACAAAUGCAUCAGCAUGUGCAGCAAGCUGCGGCAAUGGGUAGACCAAUGCCUCCAGGAACUCGCUUGCUUUCGCCUGAUGGAGCAGUUGGUGUUGUUACAUCAACUAACACUGUUACAGUCAGUUAUCCAUCUACAUUUCCUGGACAUCCUCAGAGAAUACCACAAACACAUAUCCAAGUAUCACAGCAACAACGUCUUGGUAUGAGAGUAACAGGUGUACCAAAUGUUGCUGGUAGAGUGGUUGCUGUAAAUCAUAUGAUUGGCCCUCGAAUGCCUCUUGCACCACCACCACCACCACCACCACCUCCAUAUCCUGGACCACCACCCCCUUAUCCCGGACCUAUACAGAUGGGGCUGUGUCCAGGUGGGCGGGGUAUGACGCGGCCCCCAAUCCAUAUAGGGCACCCAGUACCGGUGGCGGGUCCACCAAUGGCCCCUGUGGUACAUACUGGUACGCCCGCAAUGACACCUCACCCUCACCGAAGACCCUUGCUUCUGCAGUGGUGUUUGCAGGAACAACCAUUAUUAUUGGAAGAAUUAUUGGAACAAGAAAAACGAGAACAAGAAAACAAGCAGCAGCAACAACAACAACAACAGCAGCAGCAGCAGCAGCAACAGCAGCAGCAACAACAACAACAAAGUGACACUACAACUCCUGGAGGACCCCUUCUAAGUGACAGUGAGUUUGAACAAUUUAAUGCAGAUGUUUUGGGUUCUGCACCCCUUGCUUCUCCUCCACAAGGAAUUACAUCAGUACCUGGAGGAGUUCCUGUAAUUAGGCCAUCUUGUACAUCAAGCCCACCAUCCGCUCCAGGUACCAAUUGGCAGCAAGCAGUACCGGAUGCGACGAAACUAACAGCUCAGGUGCCUAGACAACCAAUUGCAACUCAAACACCACCAGAACCAAGGGUUGCCACAUUUAAUAUCUCCCAGAUUCCUGCCCCGCCUACCCCUCCGGAGAAUAUUGUGAAUGAACAGGAUCGUCAAAUACAACUGCAGUACGAGCAAUGGCUAAAUCAUCAGCAUCAAGUGUUGACACAGCAGUUGAAGUAUUACGAAACUGAGGUACAAAAGCUGCGUAAAAUACGAAAAUCUCUCAAUAGCAAACAACGACAGUUACGAAAAUCCGGCAACGAAUUGGCAGAAAAUGAUGCGGCUGAAUUACAACGUAUUUCCAGUGAGCAAGCAAUAUUGCAAAAACAGCUAGAUGCAAGUCGUAAACAAACUCGUCAACAUGGCAUGCUAAUACAAGAAUAUCAGAGUAAACAGCAACAAAGACAACCUCAGCAACAAAACAGCGAACCAUGUUCACCGCUGAUGUCGCCUUCUCAACAUUCACCGAUGCAUAGUCCUGCUGCACUUGUUUCACAAAGUCCAGGCCCUGGAAACGUUCCAACAAAUAUAAUACAACAUUCACCGGCAACUCCUAUCAUUCAACAUAGUCCUAAUACACCUUUAUUACAACACAGUCCUGGUAAUCCGCAAUCAGGAAAUCCAGGAACAAUAUCACCUCAUAACAUGCAACAGUCACCUAGAAUUGGCACUCCACACUCUCAAAACGAAGAAAGUCCUUUUAGUCCUGGUGCCAUGCCUUCACCAGGAAUAUGUGGUCCUUCAGCGGCUCGAAUGACGUCUCCACAGCAUCGUGCGAUUAUUAGUGGAAGACUUGCAACUAGUCCAGGUGCUUUUACUCCAGAUACACGAAAUACACAACAAAUUAUCGGAGAUCAAGGAGUUAGAGUCCAUAGUCUCACUCAACGUUUUGUCCGUCCACCUGCUGUAGUAGAACCUGGACAAAGGCCCAAAAUGCAGUUGCAAGGAGGGAUCGUAUACGGACAACGUUCCCCGCUUGGAAGUCCACAACCUAAUCAACAAUCAUUAAUGAAUCAACAGCAUCAACAGAUGCUUCAGAGACAACAGAUCUCACAUCAAAUUCAACAACAGCACGAUACUACAAUUCUUCAAGAUGGACAAAAUGCAAUGACUCAGCGUACGUUGCAAAUGGCACAACAAAGACAACAGUUGUUACAACAACAGCAACAGCAACAAAUAGUUCAACAACAGAGACAACAAUUUUUGCAAAUGCAACAACAACAACAACAGCAGCAGCAGCAGCAACAACAUAUGCAAAAACCUCCAAGUUCUCCAAUGGUAGCUCAACCUGCCAAUUCUCCAAGUCCGCAACUUCAUCAACAAAUGCAACAGAAUUAUGGACAACCUCCAAGUUCUCCUAUGCCUCGUAGUCCUAUGGUUCAACAAACCAUGGGAUCACCUAUGUUGCAACAACAGUUAAAUCAAACUUCGCAACCUCCCAGUCCUAUGAAUACUAGAAUUCAUCCUCAUCCACCGAAUUCACCAAUGAUAUCACAAUAUCAACCACCAAGUCCGAUGUCACGUAACCAUCCUUCGACAUCUCCUAUGCUUCAACAUCAAUUAAACAACACACAUCAUCCUCCAACAUCGCAACCACCUAGCUCUCCUAUGCCACGUAGCCCAAUGGUUGGAGGUUCACCUAUGCAAAUGCAAAGAAGACAAUCUACUGGAAAUAGUCCAGCAAUGCCAGAUCGACCACAAAGUGUAGAAAAUCCAGGAACACCAAGAACACCACAUACACCUCAUACGCCACAUACAUCGCAUGGUUCUUAUACAAGUCAAACUUCAAAUAAUCAUGCAGUACCAAAUGAUCAACAACAACAAUUGCAACAAUCACAUCAACAUCAACAACAAUCUAUUACGCAGGAACAACCAACUACAACAGAUCACACAAAUAGAGGUGGAGGAAAUCCUCAUAAUCCACUAAAUCCGUUGCCCUUCGGGCGAUUUGGAUAUAUUAAGCUUGGAUUAAGAGGCGGUUCUCCUAUGUGGUCUACAAAAGCAGAGACUAGCAAAGGAAAAACUUCUGAAUCGCAUCUUUUAAACAUGGAUGAAAAACCAAACACAUCUGUAGUUGUUCAUAGAAAAACUGGUAUACCGCAGUCAAAAAUUAAUUCUUUAGUAUGUGCAGAUUAUAAUGAUUUCGAUGAUGACUCGCAUACGCCACCUCAAACUCCACCAACAAGUUUAGAAAUCAAACAAACCACUUCAUUAUCUGAUAAUGGGCCUUUAACAUUGGGUAGUCCAAGUAACAAAAUGGAACCCAUACCUGACACUACUGAUUAUGACGAUGAUAAAACUAUUGUGAAUACAGAAGUGACUCUAAGUUCGACAGCUCAACGAGAUAGUGAUGAUAUUACUGUUAUAGAUCAGUUUGGAGAUUCCGAAUUGGUCGAUGUGAUAUCAGGAACACUGGAAGGUGACAUGCAAGAGGAAUAUGUACUUUUCGAACCUGGAAUGGUUGUAGACUUAUCAGCAGAUAGUAAUGAUUCGCUUUGUCAUGCAUUGGUUAAUGAGAGUAGUCAAGGACACGACUUAGUGCAAAUAUUACAAAUAGAAAAUCCUGAAUCUCAGACAGAUGAACCAAUGUUAAGCGAUGAAGAUUUGGUACCUUCCCAUACAAGAAAUAAAAAGGGUUUAAGAUUAGACAUAGUAAGGACAUUACAAUCAGGAAAAAGACUUGUAGCUGUAACAGAUACUCCGGAAUCUCCCGAUCAAGAAGAACUUCGCGUAAAUCCAUCGCCAGGAUCUUAUAUGGAUCAAUCACCUGAGCAAGAUCUCAUGGUGUCUUUUGUUAGCGCAUCUGAAGUAGUAAUUAUUGAUCCUAGUACAAAAUCACCUGAAGAUAAUUUAUCCAAAGAAUCAUGCACAGAAGAAGUAGAAAAAACAGAUACAAUUAAUGUUUCCGAAUCAUCAAAAGAAAAUACUAUCACGGAAAAUGCUACUGAAGAUCAAUCAAAAUCACAAAAAGAAUUAAAGUCAAAUAGAAGUCCUACAUCAUUUUUGUUCUCAGAUAAAGUUCUUUACAAUCAAAUUUCACCAUCAAAUAUUCAUCAUGCUAACAUUAAUGUAUCAUCUACAUGUAGAUCUACAGUUUCUUUGUCACCCUGUGUAAAUACAACUAACAAUACAAAUGCUAUUACUACUUCUACCAAUGUAUUGAUAGUGAGUGAUACAACUAUUAAGUCAACUCCAAUUUUUACAACUUUAAGCAUAACGAAAGAAACGGUAUCUUCUUCUUUUAAUAAUCAAAAACAAUUACCAUCAACAAUGGCAAGUAUAGUGGCUGAUGCCAAAAUUGCUGCUAAACUCAGUCAAACAGCUUUGGAAAACAUUAUAGUUAGUUCACAGCAAAAUAUUACAAAGAUAGAAUCAUUAUCCAAAAUUACUUCAUCAAAUACAGAAAUUUCUAGACCUCAAGUUACAGAAAAAACCAUAACAUCAGUAUCUAAUUUACAGAAUGAAUUCACUAGUUUCGUACAAAGUACUGCUACAAGUACAAUGGAAAUAUUAAAUAAUCCUACAAAAUUAGUAUUAAGUGUGCAACCAACAUCUGUUACGUUAUCAACACCCAAAAUGUCUAUACUUGAUCUUCCUAAAAAAGAAAGUGAAAAUAAUUCUGUUACGAUAAUAAAAGAAAAUCAACUAGAAAUUUUAGAUAAAAAUGUGAAAAUUAAAAACGAAAAAGAUGAACCUGAUCAUUCAGCAAAAAAUUCAGAGGAAUCAAAUGUAAAUACUUUAAAUGUUAGUGUAACUGCAAGUAUAGCUGUGAAUCAAGAAUUGACUUCAUCUGAUGAUAAGAAAAAUGAUCCUUUGAAUACUACUGAUGAAUUAGAAAGUAUGCUUGAAGCAAUUCACAACCCUGCUGAAAACACUAUAAAUAGAGAAAAUUCUCACUCAGAGAACAAGACAGACACUGCUUCUUCAUUGAAAAGGAUAUUUCCAGUUACAGAUGAUUUAUCAUUGGUAAAUAUUUUAGAAAAUGAUUCGGAAUCAAUUGAAAAUGAAAAUAAAGAAGAAAAUGUAACUUCUGAACCUCAAAGAAUGAAUAUUAAAUCAAAAGAAAUUGAAACUAACAUUGUAGAAAAUACUAAUUUAAGUACUUCUCAAAAAGAAAAAAAACACAAUGAAUUGUGUACAGAAAUUGAAACUAAUAAAUCUUACAUACAGCAUUGCCUCAACGAAGAAAAGAGUAUAAUGGAAGAAUCAUCUGAUGAUAUAUUAGAUAUGUUACAUAAUAUCAUAUCCUCUAAACCAGAAAUGGCUAACAGCGAAAUACUUCAAGAAGAUAGAUCCAGAAAAUCAAGUAUGAUGUAUGAAUUACCAACACCUUUAGAUACUUUGCCUCUAAAUAUUCUUCAAGAUUCUUUAAUGGAUCUAGAUCAAGAACAUUCAGAUAAUGAACAUCUCUUAUCAAAUGAAAAAGAACCAAAAAUACGAUCAGCCAAUUCACCUCCUGUAGAAUCUGUCCCUAAGAAAAGCUCGCCAAUCCCACAUCAAAGUACUCCUUUAGUGGUGAGUACUAUAGCACAGUUGCAGAAAUGCACGACUACAGUGCCUCAUCUCUCUCCUCUAUCAAAACCGACAGAAUUAACAUCCAAUGUUGCAAAUGUAUCACAUCAGUUGAGAACAUUACUCUCUUCUUUACAAACAAAUCAUUCAAAUUGUACAACUAUAAAUCAAACCGCCAUCGUCACUAUGGUGUCCUCAGCGAUCUCAGGAUCAAAAGUAGGGAACAUAUUGUCUACAACCAGUACAUCUUCACCAAACUCUGUAAAUAAUAUUCAUAAUAGUACAAACGUACGACUACAGACAUCUAUCACUACAUCUCAUUCUACAAUUACAAGCAAACCUGAAUUAGAAAAUACGACAACCAGUUAUAUCCCACAUACAAAAGAAAGUACAAAUUCUACAGUAAGCGUUGUUUCUACUUUAACUAAGGUUACACCUUCAGAAUCAUUUUUACGAGUCACUUCUAGCGGAGUAGUACAGUCGCAAGCUAGUAGUAAUCUGUCCCUACAAACAUCAUCUGUGAUCACUCCCAGGCCACCAACAAAUUCAGGUAUCUCAAUUACAUCAAAUGCAAUGCUAAAUGCAAUGUUGUCUGGUACAAAUUCGGCAAAAUCUUCAAUUGCUGGUCUCCGAACGAAUACUGCUCCUACACAAGCUGGUAAUUUAUUGAGCUCAGUAGUGGCGACUUCUGUACAACGUACACAAAGUUUACAAGCUAUUCUACAAGUAAGUUCAAGCUGUUCUUCGGCACCUUCUCGCGUGGUUGUAAAUUCCACAUCGACAACAGCCACAACAUCCAUGCAAUGUGUCAGAACCAUUGUACCUCCAAUAGUGACUGCAAGCACCAACAGCAUUAGUGUUACUACUAGCAUACUUCAAUCUACUUUGUCUCAAACACCAACUCUUUUACAUUCUCAGCUUACUUCUGGUCAAGGUCAAUAUAAAUCAACCAGUCAUUUACCGUUAGACAAUAAAAGUGUUGAUCUUGAGAGACUGGCGCAGAGCACACCAUCUAAAAAGGAGUCAGAAGAAUCUAACUGCAAAUCUCAAUCAAUACUAGAAAAACCAUCAACAACUAGAUCUGAGUUGGAAAUGAAUAAAAACUCUACUCAUAGAAUGGAGGAAUCGCAAAAUGUAUUAUUGAAACAAUUGCUCCAAAAUACUGCAUGUGCAACAACUACGUUGUGCUCUGGUUCUUCACAAGGUCCUAGUUUGCCAUUAGUACCAUCUUUAGAAGCACAGUUAGCAAGACCAGUUCCUCCCACUCCUUUCUCUGUUUUACCACCUUUAUUGAAUGAAGUACCAGCACCUAAGACUACUAGUAAUAAGCAAGUUUUAAACAGAGAGACAUCAUUCUUAUCUCAAUCAGUAAUACCUUUGAAAGUGCAAAGUCCACCAACCAAAGAAGAACCACCGAAACCACCACCGCCAUUAACAACUUCUGCACCAGUUUUAUCUCAGCAACUUAUGGCUGAUUCGUUUUCAAAACAACAAAUAACUACACAGUCUACAAAAACCACUCCUGUUUUAACUCAAACAAACCAACAGUCAACGAUAACAAUGACCAAGCAAGUUCCGCUUACGACGAAAACUUUAGAAACUACAACUUCUAUAAAGCAAGAAUCAACUACUAUUAGCCAGUCACCUGCGAAGUCUGUGGGUGAUGCCGUUAUUAGUAAUACCGUUCCAAUCCAAAAACAAUGUGUAUCAACUCCCAUAACUGUGUCACGAGUAGUAUCACAAACGAAACCAGUAAUUACAACUGUGACAAGUAAAAGUAUUCAAUCCACGACACAAGUAUCUAGUACUGUCCAAGUGACACAACAAUCAUUAACAACUAUUACAACCGUGCAGCCACCAUCAUCACAACAAACGCAAGCACAGACUCAACCUCAAAUACCAGUUACCCCAAAAUCCAUUAUUUCGACUCAGCAACAACCCCCUCAUGUAAACACAAUACCGCCAUCAGUGCCUCAUACAGUGUCUCACACAGUGGGUCACCAAGCCCAGGCGUCACAGGGUGCAAAUGCACAACACACAGUGCCUUUAGUGGAAGUCAAAAAGGAAGUACUUGAUGAAGUUCUAUCUAGUGGUACACCUACCCAAUUAACCGAUACCAAAGACUUUGUUACUGCCAAAGAGGAGCUUAUUGAUGGAUCGAUUGAUGAUAAAACUGAUCUCAAGAAGAUGAAAAGGCGACAGUAUCAACAGAAACGGAAGCAAAGCCAGGGAAAGGACGCGACGGCAGCAACUCAAAAAAAGCGUGCUAGGAAAGUAUCCCGUUUAGACGAGGAUUAUGACACGUUCAUUGACAAUUUAAUGGCACAAUUGCGACAGCUUCAGCCAAUGGCAGUAUUAGAACCACUCCUAGGUAGAAAUUAUGGCGUUUGUCCUAUCUUUGGCUCGGGAGACCUGUCGAAAAUCAGCAGUCAGAAAGAUUAUAAUACCAGGACAGGUGAUUUAAUCGGUUCAUAUGGAUCUGCUACAUUACCAGGUGUAUCUGAUCAUUAUAAUACUCAACCGUUUGGUGAAUUGGAACCCUUACCACCUCAACAACCCGCUUCUACUCAAAGAGGAUUUUAUGAUCAAGAAUUUCCACCUCUUAAAUUGGAUGAUUCCGACGAUAAAAAAGAGAAUUCCUUAUCAAUGAAUCGCGAUGUGGAUUCCCCUGAUACAAUAGUCAGUUCAUCUUCACCAGAAUGCGUUAUUCCCGAAUUUAUACAUCGAUUUCCUGGUUUAAGAUUGAUUGAAGAAGAAUCGGAUGAGGAAUCAGAUUGGCUGAAAAGAGUAUCACCUGUAAUACCUUUAAUAUCACCGAUACCAAUUAGAUUAAAACCAACUUAUAUCGGUAAAGAUAUCGCCAAACAGGAUAAAGAAAAUUUAGGAAUACCACGACUUGGAAAAUCACCUCCAAUACCUUUAAGAGAUGGCAACGUAACAGUUACAUUAACAUUGAAUAGUCAGGCUGCAGAUGACAUAAUGGGAGUACUUAAAGAUUUGGCUAAUAUUUUAAAUAUAGCUCCUCCUACUGGUUACCAGAUAGUAGAACGUACUACUACUCCCCCUAGUCAAAAAUUAGGUCUUUAUAGAAUCAAGGGAAAAGAUGGUAAAGAGGGAGGUGUGUAUCUUUAUCCCAUAAAAAUAACUAAGAAAGCUCCUAUUGAUAUACAAAGUAUUUUAAAUGGCGCCGCGAAAUUCUGUCGUCAUUGUGAUGUUGUGAUAUUGAAUAGCUUGAUAAGAAAGAAAGUAUCUGAUUUACCAUUUUUAAGCAAAGAAGAGGCUGAACCCGGCGAUGAGUUAUGUUUUUGUUCAGCAGCCUGUUAUAUGCAAUUUGCUCUCAUGCAUAGAACACCUUUGAAUACACAAGAUAAGGCUGCAACAAUAGUAGACCAUCUAUGUCAUAACAAGAUAGAUACUAAGGUAUUGGAUGACGAUUUCAAAAAAGGAAAAAAAUAUGUAAUCAAACAACCGGUUGAUCAUAUUGAAAGUAUGGAAGUCGAUCAAACAGAAAAGGAAACAGAAAUUAAGAUAAAAACGGAAAAAGAAGAACAUGAUAUUUUUGAGGCAAAAGAAGAAAUUACAGAAGAAAAACGAGCAAAAAAACAUUCAGUCGCAGAAGAGUCUCUAACUGAGUCGACCGAACCACAACCACCUGCGAAAGUAUGGAGAGGUUUACGGUAUAAGACGUGGUCUGUUGGCUUAAUGCAACCUACAACAAAAUACAAAAAACCAACAGAUAAAGAAAUCACGGAGAUGCUUUUCCGUAUGGGAGUAACUGUAGUACCUGCCAAGGCGGAAGAUAGUCGACGAUGUAUGUUUUGUCACAGUCAAGGUGAUGGUACAGCCGAUGGUCCUGCUAGAUUACUUAAUUUUGACGUCGACAAAUGGGUGCAUUUAAAUUGUGCCCUUUGGUCGGAAAAUGUAUAUGAAACUGUAAAUGGUGCCUUGAUGAAUCUCGAUACUGCUUUGCAACAUAGUCUUGUAUUAAAUUGUAUUGUUUGUGAGAAACCAGGAGCUACUGUAAAAUGUUUUAAAAUGCGCUGUACCAAUGUGUACCACCUUGGCUGCGCUGUUAAAGAUGGCUGUGUUUUUUAUAAAAAUAAGAGUACCUAUUGCUCUCAACAUGUACAAAAAAACGAAAAAGAUAACGAAUUAACUACACUUUCUGUCUAUAGAAGAGUGUAUGUCAAUCGUGACGAGAAUAGACAAGUUGCAGCUGUGAUGCAUCAUUCGGAACAUAACCAUCUGCUUAGAGUCGGAAGUCUGAUAUUUUUAAGUGUUGGACAGCUGCUUCCACAUCAGCUCGCCAAUUUUCACACACCAAAUUAUAUAUAUCCAGUUGGAUACAAAAUUGUUAGAUUUUAUUGGAGUAUGAGACGGCCAAACAAACGCUGCCGAUAUGUGUGUUCUAUCCAUGACGUUUCUGGUCGACCCGAAUUUCGUGUUCUAGUACAAGAACCUUUACAAGAAGAUGUUGAAUUACGUGACGCCACUCCUCGCGCUGUCUGGAGCAGAAUCCUUGAACCUCUUGCCGAGUUACGAAGAUCGACGCACAGUGUCCAGCUAUUUCCACGUUAUGUUUCUGGCGAAGAUUUAUUCGGUCUUACUGAACCAGCGGUCGUUCGUGUUCUCGAAAGUCUUCCAGGCAUUGAAACUUUAACCGAUUACAGAUUUAAAUACGGCCGAAAUCCUUUAUUAGAAUUACCGUUAGCGAUCAAUCCUACUGGCAGCGCGAGAACGGAAGCUCGUUUACGAAAUCAACUUCCUUGGAAAAGGCCACACACACAGCGCACAGGUUCUUCAGCUCGAGCAGCCUUCGUUCCAACUGCAACUGUUGCUGGAGAAGUGGCAUGCCCUUAUUCAAAACAAUUUGUUCAUUCUAAAAGUUCUCAGUACAAAAAAAUGAAGCAAGAGUGGCGGAACAACGUAUAUUUAGCACGAUCUAAGAUCCAAGGUUUGGGAUUGUAUGCUGCACGUGAUUUGGAGAAACAUACAAUGGUCAUUGAAUACAUUGGAGAAAUUAUUCGUACUGAAUUGGCCGAGACGAGAGAAAAGCAGUAUGAAGCAAGGAAUCGUGGUAUUUAUAUGUUUCGUUUGGAUGAAGAAAGAGUGGUCGAUGCAACAUUGUGUGGAGGUCUCGCAAGAUAUAUCAAUCACUCUUGUAACCCGAAUUGUGUCGCUGAAAUUGUUGAGGUCGAACGUGAUCUUAGAAUCAUAAUCUUUGCAAAACGAAGAAUCUCACGUGGCGAGGAGCUGGCAUAUGAUUACAAAUUCGAUAUUGAAGAUGACCAGCACAAGAUAGCAUGCGCAUGUGGCGCGCCUAACUGCCGCAAGUGGAUGAACUAAAGCUCGAUCCACCGUUGUUAUUGUUACUACGUUAUUGGGUAGGUUUUACAUGAAGAAAAAAUUAUAUAUAUAUACAUAUAAAAAUAUAUAUAUAUAUAAUAGACACAUUAUUUAAUUUGUAAAGUGCCAUUGCAGUUUGACUAAUUGAUUCAUAGUGAAGUUGGUGCUAUGCCAUCACAACAUUCCUCCAAAGUUGUACAAUAUUAGUUUUACUUUACAAAACAUAGAAAAACAUUGAUCGCUUGUAUAUUACGGACAUUCUUUAAAAACACGACAUACAUAUUGCGAAAAAAAAAAUUUUAUGAGUCGUGUGUAUGUAUACAGGAAAUUUGUAUCUUUGUAUGUUGAAUAGAGUCAACGUUUAGUUGACCGAUAUUGUAAUAUAAAUCGUUUAUUAAUUAUUAUUGCAUAUACAUUGCACUGUAUCUGUACAUAAGUAGAGAUCCAUGUUAUUUUGAAUCACCAGAUGAAUUAUGUAAAGUAACAGUAUCUAAUUUAGAAUUAUAUACAAUUAUAACUAUUUCAUUAUAUGAUAAUAAAUCCGUACAAAAUCUACU